AUGAACAUUGAUGGUGAAGAAGAGACUGCUGUGUCUAACUCCACGGCUGAGAGACCAGUGAUUCCCGAUCCAUUGAAGACAUCUGCUAGCAAAAGCGAGUUUGAAGAUUACUACGUCCAAAUGAUGACCGAGAAGUUCGGCGACGACUUGAACAAACUGCGUCAAAGUAACGAUUUCCAGCCCAAAUCGCUGUUCAUGUUGAUUAAUGCAUUAAAAGAAGGUGUCAAUAUCUUUGAUGCCGACCAGCAAAAGAUUAUUCUCAGUAGAGCUCAGGAUGAGCACACUGCUGUUAGCAAGUAA